AGUCACGCCGCCGCGCCGAGCCUAUUUAGUUCGUCAAGAGGGACGCGCGUGGGCCUCAACAUGAGCUGCUGUCUUAACGCAACUUCGUGCCCCUUGCCAUGGCCUCCUGUCAGUCUCGAGCCCCAUAGUGGGCCCACACUCAUGAUGGCCUUGUUGAACCUGCUGGUGCACGUUCCUUUUAACGACCUGCCUGUGCUGCGUGACUACGAGCUCGGUGAGCUGCGGCAGCAGUACGACUACGUUAUCGUGGGUGGUGGCUCCGCCGGCUGCGUCAUUGCCAACCGACUCUCGGCAGACCCCAGAGUCACGGUGCUUCUUCUAGAAGCCGGAGGACUGGAGACUGCUUCGCGCCAAAUUCCGGCUGCUGCACCCUUCAACCUCCGAGGUCACGAUGACUGGGACUACUGGACCGUUCGGCAGAAGAACGCCGCCUUGUCUUACCGAGAACAGCGGUUCUCCAUUGCACGUGGCAAGGUACUCGGGGGCAGCAGCGUCUUGAACUACAUGUACUACACGCGCGGCAACCCACGUGACUACGAUCGAUGGGCCAACGAGUACGGAGCCAAGGGUUGGGCGUGCGAGGACGUGCUACCGCACUUCCGCGACAUAGAGGACUAUCGUGUGGAAAGUCCAGAUGAUUAUCAUCAUACCGGUGGCGAGGUGCCGGUCGACUAUUCCAAUACCACAACACUUCUGAGCCAGCUACUUGUGGAAGCAUGCAAGCAAGCUGGUUUCCCUUAUGUAGAUUUCAAUGGUCCCACGCAGACGGGCUGUUCUCGACUACAAACCAACGUGGCUGAUGGCGAGCGCGUCAGCGCAAGCAAGGCCUUCAUCCAGCCCGUCGUCAGUACGCGGAAAAACCUGCACGUCGCCCUGUACAGCCAAGUCUCCAAGGUGAACUUCGAUGGCAAGCGUGCUGUAGGCGUGACAUUCACAAGGUAUGGCAAGCAGCAGAACGUGUCAGCAGGGCGAGAGGUGAUCAUGUCGGCAGGAACCAUUGGGUCCACUCAGCUCUUGCUGCUCUCGGGCGUCGGGCCCAGAGAGCAGUUGGAGCGGCUACAGAUUCCGGUCGUCGCCGACCUUCCAGUGGGACGCAACCUGCAGGAUCACGUGGGUCUCUUGAUUGGCGUUCCCGUCAAGACUGACGUCAAUGCCGGAAUUCCUCCCUUUAGCUUGGACGACAUAGCGCAGUAUGCGCGCAACCGAACCGGAACGAUAUCAAUACCAGCCGGCGGUGAAUUCCUGCAGUUCCUGCACAGUGACUAUGCGGCAGAUGCGGAAAUCCCAGACAUCGAGGUGACUGUAUUGUCAGCAACACCAGCCAGUGAUUUAUUAAAGGCAUCGAUGGUGGACACGGGGCUACUGCCACAGGCGUUUGACAACUAUAUUGGACCUGCGAACGGUCAACCGGGCUUUCGAGCAUCGGCAAUUCUCAACCGACCCAAGUCUCGCGGCUCCAUCACGCUGCGCUCAACAGACCCCAACGAAUAUCCUGACAUUGACGAAGGCUUUUUCACUCACCCCGACGACAUCAAGGUCGCUGCGCAAGGCACAAAGAAGUUCAUGGACCGCAUCCUGAACACGAAUGCUAUGAAGAGCAUCGGCGCCAAGCCCUGGAACGUCACUUUUGCUUCGUGUGCUGAGGCAGGACUGCGGUGGAGUGAAGAGUACAUCGAAUGCUUGUUCCGACACCUCGGACAGCCGGUGUGGCACGUUUGCUGUACCGUCGCCAUGGGCACUCACCCUGAGGCUGUAGUGGACGAACGCCUGAGGGUCCGUGGUGAAGUGGCGGGUCUCCGUGUGGCCGAUGCUUCCGUGAUGCCGGAUAUAGUGAGCGGCCACACCAACUCUCCAAGCAUGAUGAUUGGCAGCAAGGCAGCAGCCAUUAUCAUAGAGGACCAUAACUGAGUGCGUCCCGAUGGCUCAAGUGUUGUCAUCAGCUGGCCACCAAUGCAACAAUAUAGCAAUGCCCGCUAGAUACUCAAA